AUGUCUUCUGGUCAUUGUCUUUGUGGUGGAGUCAAAGUCGAGGUCUCGGGUGACCCUGUCGCCGUUGUCUUGUGCCAUUGUUUGGAUUGCCGCAAAACAUCUGGUAGCACUCAUGGCCUCAAUUGGGUUGUCCCUGGUGAUCUGGUUCAACUUGAGGGACCGUCGAAGACGUUCACAAAGCUGAGCAAGGCUGGCAACCCUGUUACGAAUACAUUCUGCCCUACCUGCGGUACUACAGUGUUUCGUGAUGGCCCUGCUGCUCCUGGUAUCAAAUUUGUCAAGGCGGGUAUCUUUGAUGAUCCCGAGCUCUUGGCUACCAUCAAGCCUCAAGGAGAGAUCUUCGUGUCUCGACGCCCGGUCUGGAUGUCCCCCAUUGAAGGUGCUUCUCAGAAGAAGGAAAUGAUGGAGUGA